GGAAGCAGAAGUGGAUGAACCAAAUGAGAGGUAUUUCUGGUUCUGGUUCGAGUAGCAGAGAAGCAAGGAGAAGAAAGGCGAGGUCGACGUCACCAGUGAAGGACCGAUCCAAAACCUCUUCAUCUAAGUUAACCUCUUCUUCUUCUUCAUCCAAACGAAGCACCUCACCCUCUGCCACUCUCCUCGACGUCGAUGAUGACGUCACCUCACUCUUUCACGAUUACCCUAGCCCUAACCCUAACCCUAAUCCUAACCCUCGGAGCUUCCCUCACAGCGUUAAGCAGAAAUGCUGGGAAAAGGCCGACAAAGUCAAAGGACGCGACCCCGAUCGCUGGCGCAGGGACGCCCUCGGCAACACUCUCUUUCGCAAGCUCGUAGGUUGCCCCGGUUGUCUCUGCCAUGACUACGACCACAUUAUUCCUUACUCUAAGGGGGGAGAAAGCACGCUGGAAAACUGUCAAGUAUUACAGGCAACAGUUAAUCGUUCAAAGGGUAAUCGAACAGAGAUCUCCAAAGCUGAACUUAUCCAGAAGAGUUCUUAUUGCAGGGUUUCAGAUCGUGAUAUGGAUCUUCUGGAACUGUCGGCCUAUGGCAAUGUACGGCGUGGACCAGAUUCUGGGGGGUGUAGAAUCCAAUGAACAAUGAAACAUUUAUCUCCAUAUCAAUCUAUUGUGUGGUUGAUUCCUAGAUGGGGGCUAAAUGAUGUCCUUGUAGCUAUUCAUCCUUACAAAUUUGUGUACAGACAAGCUAAAACUGCAAAAAAAAAAGUGAUGACAUUGUCAUUCUUGAAGUUGAUGUAUUCAAGUGUAGCUACAUUACUCUCUCCUUCCCUUAAACUCCACCGUUUUUCUCUUGAGCAGAAUCUGAAUGAUUUGGAAGGUAAGUUCUGGCGCUCA